CCUGCCUCUCCCAGGACCCUGUUGUCUCAGGCUCGCCUGUGGCCCCUCCUCUCCACUCCUCCUCCUCCUCUCCGCCCCCCACCCCCCCACCCCGUAGGUGUGUCUCAGGCUCUGUGGCUGCCUGUCCCACUCCUGCCGAGACACUGCCCGAGAGGUCACCCCCCUGCACCUCCAGCGAGCCAGACACAGACCAGCCAGGUGAUCCGCGAUGGAAGCCGCAGAUGCCUCCAGGAGCAAUGGGGCCAGCCCGGAAGUCAGGGAUAUCCGCAGCCCUCUGGGCCCCAGUGGGAGCCUGGAGAAUGGGGCCAAGGCCGGAGGCAAAGAGGCCAAGACCUCCAAUGGGCAUGGUGGGGAGGCGGCCGAGGGCAAGAGCCUGGGUGGUGGCCUGAAGCCGGGAGACGGAAAGGGCUCCCUGUUCUCGGGUAAUGAGUGGCGACGGCCCAUCAUCCAGUUUGUGGAGUCUGUGGAUGACAAGGGCUCCAGCUACUUCAGCAUGGACUCUGGGGAAGGCAAGAGGUCCCCCUAUGCCGGGCUCCAGCUGGGGGUCACCAAGAAGCCCCCUGUCACCUUUGCCGAGAAGGGGGAGCCACGCAGGUCCAUCUUCUCGGAGCCCCGCAAGCCCACGGUGUCCAUCAUGGAGUCCGGGGACGUCCGGCGGAACAGCUACCCCCGGGCUGACUCCAGCCUCCUCCUGCGCUCCAAGUCGGGCUCCGAGGAGGUCUUGUGUGACUCGUGCAUCGGCAACAAGCAGAAGGCCGUCAAGUCCUGCCUGGUGUGCCAGGCCUCCUUCUGUGAGCUGCACCUCAAGCCCCACCUGGAGGGCGCCGCCUUCCGCGACCACCAGCUGCUCGAGCCCAUCCGGGACUUCGAGGCCCGCAAGUGCCCCCUGCAUGGCAAGACCAUGGAACUCUUCUGCCAGACAGACCAGACCUGCAUCUGUUACCUCUGCAUGUUCCAGGAGCACAAGAACCACAGCACUGUGACCGUGGAAGAGGCCAAGGCCGAGAAGGAGACGGAGCUGUCACUGCAAAAGGAGCAGCUGCAGCUCAAGAUCAUUGAGAUUGAAGAUGAAGUUGAGAAAUGGCAGAAGGAGAAGGACCGCAUCAAGAGCUUCACCACCAAUGAGAAGGCCAUCCUGGAGCAGAACUUCCAGGACCUGGUACGGGACCUGGAAAAGCAAAAGGAGGAAGUGAGGGCUGCACUGGAGCAGCGGGAGCAGGACGCUGUGGACCAAGUGAAGGUGAUCGUGGAUGCUCUGGACGAGAGGGCCAAGGUGCUGCACGAUGACAAGCAGACCAGGGAGCAGCUGCACAGCAUCAGCGACUCAGUGCUCUUUCUGCAGGAGUUUGGUGCCUUGAUGAGCAGUUACUCCCUCCCCCCGCCCCUACCCACCUAUCACGUUCUGCUGGAGGGGGAGGGCCUGGGGCAGUCGCUGGGCAACUUCAAGGAUGACCUACUUAACGUGUGCAUGCGUCAUGUUGAGAAGAUGUGCAAGGCGGACCUGAGCCGGGGCUUCAUCGAGAGGAACCACAUGGAGAACGGGGGUGACCAUCGCUACAUGAACAACUACAGUAACAGCUACACCAGUGAGUGGAGUGCUCCAGACACCAUGAAGAGAUACUCCAUGUACCUCACGCCCAAGGGUGGGGCCAGGACAUCAUACCAGCCGGCGUCCCCCGGCCGCCUUGCCAAGGAGAAGAACUUCAACAAUCUCUAUGGCACCAAAGGUAACUACACCUCCCGGGUCUGGGAAUACUCCUCCACUGCCCAGAGCUCCUCCGACGACCUGCCUGCUGUGCAAGGUAGCUCCUCCUUCUCCCUGAAAGGCUAUCCUUCCCUCCUCAGGAGCCAGAGCCCCAAGGCCCAGCCCCAGACUUGGAAAUCUGGCAAGCAGACGUUGGUGUCGCACUACCGGCCCUUCUACGUCAACAAAGGCAACGGGAUCGGGUCCAACGAGGCCCCAUGAGUUCCAGGCAGGCAGGAACGAAGCACUGCCACCCCUGCCCUCCCCAGCCAGCCCUGCUGCUCUUGCUACUCUUCUCAUCUGGGUGGGAGGGGGCCUGGCCCUCCCCCGGCACUCCCCCGCUCUCUCAGGGCCGCCUGGCCCCGCCCUCCCCAUCAGCCACGCUCCAUCCAGGGUCCCUCCGGCUUUGUGACUAAGAGUCACCAACUUUCCUGUGCUCAGAGGCCAACCCUCAUGGGGAUGGGAGAUAAGUGGGCUUUUCUCUCCUAACCCACCACCCUCCUCCUCUUGGGAGGAAUCCUUGGGGCCGGUGGUGGGUGCUCAUAUGAUACCAGCCUGCCUUCCCUGCCCAGGUCCCUGCUGUCUUCAGACCUGUUGGCCAUUUGUCUCCAAGACCCCUUACCCCAUGAUGCUGUCCGUAGGUGCCUGACCACGACAGCCACCCAUCUCCCAUCCACAUGGGCCCACUUCUUCCCAGCAGCCUGGUCCCCCAAGAGAAGACAGGUCCCAUGUGCCCUGCUCUGGUCCUACUUACAAAUGCCCAGCCUGGCAGGGCCUGCAGCCCUUGGCCAUCACAGAGGGAGAGCUCUCAGGGUCUUGGCAUCACCCUGCCGUGCCUUGGGUCUCCCCACACCCACCGCGAGUCUGCGGUCCCUGAGGACGGGCUCUCCCGGCCGGCAGGAUGAUCGUCACCAAGAUAUUCCUUUCUUCUGCCUGCUGAGAUAAGCAAUUCCCUUGAUGAGAUAUACUCCACCCGUGAAAAUAGCUACUGGCCCAGCUGCCCCGACGGAAAUGUAAUUUACCUGCAGAAUUUCA